CUCUUUGUCAUUCAACAACAAAUCAUCAGUCAUCGCUCUAUUUGUGAUGGGCAACUGCCUAAUGGAAAUAUUCUAAUAACGCAUCGCCCUCUUGUUUCUAUUCUUCCAUCACACAAAAAUGCCCCUCGAUAUUGAAGAAAUCUUGCGGCAAAAGAAAGCUGCAGAUGCCGCCGCCGCAAAGCCUAGGUUCAUCCCCAAGGCUGAACGAGAGCGACUAGCAGCUGAAAAGGCAAAGAAGGAGGAAGACGCGCAGAAGCGCAAGGCUUCCGAAGAUGCGCAGAAACGGCGAGAGGAAGAACAAAAAUGGGCCGCCAGAUCAAACGGCUCUUCAAGGCACAACGAUUCCACGAAUGGAUCAUCGCGCGUACCAACGGGGCCCAAGGCCAUGAAUCAGGAGAAUGGCCGUGACCGAGAUGGAUAUCGAGAUCAAGGACGAGGGAGGGGAAGGGGAAGAGAAGGACGCAAGGGAGAUAAACAGGCUGCGGAUAAGCAGUCUGCAGAGGAUAUCGAGGCCACUCUCCUCCGAUCACGAUACCUGGGGCCCCAAGUUAACCAGCAGUCCAACUUUUCGGCGAAGAAGAAACGAAUGCGAACAACAGAGAAGAAGUUCAAUUUCGAGUGGGACGCUGAUGAAGACACGUCACGCGACAACGAUCCCUUAUAUACUCGACAGGCCGUCAACCACAAUGGAUCAUUCGCCGGUGUUGGUGGAGAAUUUGACGACGAAGCCGAGGAGCGCGCUCGCAAAAGAGCUCGAAUGAUAGAGCAGAGAGAUCCAGAGAACGGAAAAGAGAGAGCAAAGGGCAUCAUGGAAGACUUCUUCCGAGCACGCGACAAAGCGAGACAACGCGCUGAUCGAACAGGACUGGGCAAGCGAUGGUCUGAAAAGUCUUUGGGAGAUAUGCGCGAGCGGGAUUGGCGAAUUUUCAAAGAAGAUUUUGGAAUCGCUACGAAGGGCGGUAUGAUCCCGAACCCCAUGCGAAGCUGGCAAGAAUCGAAUCUCCCUAAGCGCUUGCUCAACAUUGUCGAGGACGUGGGUUACAAGGAGCCGACGCCCAUUCAGCGAGCUGCAAUCCCUAUCGCGUUGCAAGCCCGCGAUCUCAUCGGUGUAGCUGUCACUGGUUCCGGAAAAACAGCCGCUUUCCUCCUACCACUGUUGGUCUACAUCUCUGACCUACCGCCUCUCGACGAGCUCAAUAAGAACGACGGCCCCUACGCUCUCAUCAUGGCCCCUACCCGAGAACUGGUGCAGCAGAUCGAGUCUGAAGCCAGGAAGUUUGCUGGUCCCCUCGGCUUUCGCGUUGUGAGCAUCGUCGGCGGCCACUCUAUCGAGGAACAAAUAAACAACAUGGGCGAUGGUGCUGAGAUUAUCGUUGCUACACCGGGUCGUCUUAUCGACUGUCUCGAUCGACGAGUGCUCGUCCUAGCACAAUGUUGCUAUGUCAUUAUGGAUGAAGCAGAUCGUAUGAUCGACAUGGGUUUUGAGGAACCCGUUAACCGGAUCCUCGAAGCAUUACCAGUCAACAACGAGAAGCCGGAUACAGAAGAUGCCGAGGAUGCAACAAAAAUGAAGCGUUACUUAGGUGGAAACGAUCGUUACAGACAGACCAUGAUGUAUACAGCAACUAUGCCGCCUCAAGUGGAAAAGAUUGCCAAGAAGUACCUCCGCCGUCCAGCCGUCGUCACCAUUGGUAACGCAGGUGAAGCCGUGGACACUGUCGAGCAGCGUGUCGAGUUCAUUCCCGGCGAGGACCGUCGCAAGAAGCGUUUGCAAGAGAUACUUGCCUCGAACGACUUUGCGCCACCCAUUAUUGUCUUUGUCAACAUCAAGCGCAACUGCGAUGCUGUCGCCCGCGAUAUUAAGCAGAUGGGUUGGACGGUUGCCACACUCCAUGGGUCCAAGACUCAGGAACAGCGAGAAGCUUCUCUCCAGUCAGUUCGCAACGGCGCGACGCAAGUUCUCGUUGCAACUGAUCUUGCUGGCCGUGGUAUCGAUGUUCCCGAUGUCUCUCUCGUCGUCAACUUCAAUAUGGCCCCUAAAAUCGACAGCUACACUCAUCGUAUCGGUCGAACAGGUCGUGCUGGCAAGAGUGGUGUUGCCAUUACUUUCCUGGGUCCUGAGGACGCUGAUACCAUGUACGAUCUCAAGCAAAUUCUCAGCAAGAGCUCCAUCUCCAAGGUACCAGAAGAGUUGAAGAGACAUGAGGCUGCGCAGUCGAAACCAGUACGUGGUGAUGGCGGAGGAUCAAGGAGAGACAAGGAAGAAGGGUUGGGGAAAGGAGGCUGGUAGACGCUGACGCUGGAGAAUAAUUUAGGCGACAUGAAAUCAUUGAGAUGGAUAGAUCCAUUAGUCUCGUCAACUAGAAGGAAGAACCCGUAAAGUGAGAACCCAUUUACAAAUAUCACUUCCACAUCUCCCAUGAAUUCUUUCCUAUAUCUGAAGCACACUCAUUGCGAAGCACACUCUCCUUCACAUGUCUUCAUUUUAUCUUAUCUCGUCUACUCUAGCUUUAGCUGCUCAAACUGCUUGAUAGUCUCCUCGAAGCUGUUAAGCUCUUGCUUGGCAUCUGCCAAUCUCUUCUCGUCUGUCUCGCGGACGGCGUCUGAGACCUUCUCAAGAUAGCCAGGGUCAUUGAGAAUCUUUUCCUGUUUUUGGAUAUUGCUCUUUGCCUUGUCGAGCUUCUUCUGGGCCUUGGCGAUCUCAGCAUCAAGGUCAACGCGGCCCUUGACGUGAAGGAAAACGGAGGCCUCGGUUGAGACAGGAUAGGCGACGCACCCAGCGGGUCUAGUAGCAUCGGGGUUGAGGAUCUCGACUCCCUUGAUACCCUUGCCGCUUAGGGUCUUGAUAGAAGACGACUGCUCCUUGACGGUAGUGAGAGCAGUAUCGUUGUAAGCCUGGAUGAUAACUAUGAAUGAGUCAGUAAAAAUCGUUUACAGGAUCACAGGACUAGAGCACUUACCCUCAGCCUCAUCCUUGAGGGCAUACUCAGCCAUCAGUGAGCGCGCGGCCUUGGAGCAGCCUAGAACAAGCUCGUAAGCGCGCUCAGACUCUGGGUCAUCAAGCUUCUCGUGGUAGACGGGGAACUUCGCGACCAUGAUAGACUUGGUCUGAUCCUCAGGUCGUCGGGGCAUUCGUUGCCACAUCUCCUCAGUGAUGAAGGGCAUGAAAGGGUGAAUCAUGGUGAGAGCGGCCUCGAGAGUAGUGUAGAGAGUCUGGAUAGCAGACUCACGCUCCUUUGGAGUGCCGUCGCGGAUGAUGGCCUUUGAGUUCUCGAUGUAGACAUCGCAAAGCUCGUUGUACCAGUAGCGGUAGACAAUCAAUGUUGACUUGGAAAACUCGCGAUCCUCAAGAGCACGGUUGAUCUCUUUGGCCGCGGUGUUCAUCUUGUGAAGAAUCCACCGCUCGGCAAG